GGCUUGUUUUCUAUGAAGUUCCAACCAAAACAAAAGAUUCUAAAUAUGAAUAUUGUAGAUAUAUUGAUGCCUAAUGACACAUAUCUCUCACACGGACCUCACUAUCACCACUGACCGGACCAGCCAGUUUUAUAACCAGUACUGCACUCUUGUGUGAGUGUGUGUGAGACAGUGUUUGUGUGUCGCUCCUGCUAGAGGUGAACCUUGCUAGCCAGAUGCUAACAGUCACAGCAGCCCCGGCAAACAGCGGCAGCGUUAGUCGCAGUUGUGCAACAGACAUUAACUGUGGUUUAAACUGUGGCUUUCCUACCGAAAGCAAAAGAGAAACAAUAACGUGACCACGGAAGGACGCUGUUUGUUUCCCAUGUUAUUGUAGAAGAGAGUCAGACCAAAGUCAACUAACUUAACUAGCGCUAACGUUAUAGCUAACUAGCUUUGCUAGAAACUUCUGUGUUCAGUCUGGGGGAGGGAGUGUUGACAGUCAGGAAACAUUUAGAGAUUGUCACAGCAAAUACAAGACAUGGCGUUUCUGAAGCUGGCAGGGAUGGCCAUCACCUUCAUCAGUCCUUAACAGACUUCAGAGUCCGUAACGUUGGCUGAAAUCAACCAGCUCCAAAACGGCAGCAGCAGAGGAGAAGCUGGACUCAGACGGUUCUACAGCCAGGUCAAAGAUGGAGUUAGCCGCGGCUCACCCGGCUCUCAAAGCCUUUAUGUGUGGCUCUCUCAGUGGCACCUGCUCUACGCUGCUCUUCCAGCCUUUGGAUCUGGUCAAGACACGACUACAGACCCUGCAGAACAAUGCCAAGCCUGGUGCACCGAAGGUGGGGAUGUUUACUGUUUUCGUCAAUGUUAUUAGGACAGAGAAUUUCUUCAGUCUGUGGAAGGGAGUUUCACCAUCGUUUGUGCGCUGCAUCCCCGGGGUCGGCAUCUACUUCAGCACCUUCUACUCCCUGAAGCAGCACUUCCUCUUGGAUCGGGCACCCAACGCUGGCGAGGCUGUUCUCCUCGGAGCGGGUGCCAGAGCUGUGGCUGGUGUCUGCAUGCUGCCAUUCACUGUCAUCAAGACACGUUUUGAAAGUGGCUGUUACAACUAUAUGAGUGUGGCGGGGGCUCUGAAGAGUGUGUAUGAGACAGAGGGAAUCAGGGCUCUGUUCUCAGGGCUGACGGCCACGCUGCUCCGAGACGCUCCGUUCUCUGGCAUCUACGUCAUGUUCUACAGCCAGACCAAGAGGACACUGCCCCAAGAGGUGACUUUGUCGGCCUACGCUCCACUGGUGAACUUCAGUUGCGGAGUGGUGGCAGGUGUCAUGGCGUCGCUGGUCACGCAGCCUGCAGACGUGGUGAAGACCCACAUUCAAGUCAGCCCAUCCCACUGGAGCACGGCAGAUGCUGUUAGAUACAUAUACAGGGAACAUGGCAUGGCUGGGUUUUUCCGUGGGGCUGUACCCAGGUCUCUUCGGCGCACUCUGAUGGCAGCUAUGGCUUGGACUGUCUACGAACAGCUGAUGGCUCGAAUGGGCCUCAAAUCCUGAAGAGCAGCGGGGCGGAGCCAUGAAAAAAAAAAGAAAUAUGAGGGGACACUGAUCUGUUUUCUCACUGAAAGCCUCAUGUAAGAAGAAAAGGGAACUGAGGAUGUUAUAGAGAGUGAGCCAGCGCUACCAAGAGCAGAGGAACCCUAGUGGAUAAAUGUCUGAAAAAAGAUAGUGAGAAUGCUGUGUGAGUGAUUGUGAGUGAGUGUGAGUGUGUGAGUGUGAGUGUAAGCUUGUUUUUACGUUCUAAUGGGGACUUUAUGCACACUAACCCCUGGGGAUUCAUGACACAAAAUUUCAUGGUCCCUACAGGCAGACACUGCUUUUUUAGGAUUAAGAUUGUUUUAGGGAUCAGGUUACAGUUAGGUUAUGGUCAGGGUGUAAGGUUAGGCAUUUAGUUAUGGGGGUUAAGGUUAUGACGAGAUGUCCCCACAAGGAUAGUAGAACAAGACUGUGUGUGUGUUUUUGUUGUUAUUUAAAUAUUUGUGAAAAUGUGCCUGUUGGUGUCUGUAGGUGUGUAAGUUUGAGAUUGCGAUGUUACACCUGACACACUCUUAAUGUCAGUCUUGGACUGAAGUGACACUCCCUGCUGUGAAGUGAACUUAUUCCCUCCUCUUACUAUUCAUGUCUGGACACCCUGAGGUAUAGCUACCACUCAAAAAAAAUGCCCUUGACACAGGGCCUGUAUCUCUGCUGUGAAGCUUAGUUGCCUUUGACAAGGUGUUUGAGACUGCUGCCAAGACAAAUGGGACACUCAGCAAGCUGGUGUACCGUACCUUUGCUGAGCUAACCAAAAUAAAGCACUGCAGAGACGCAGAGACGAGCUCUGGCUUCUGCCAUAUUUAUGAAACUUAAGAUUGAGCAAUGUUUCUUACUUGCCAAUGAUAUUAAUUGACAAGCAGACUUAGAGGACAUUUAUUUGUUUCAGGCUCAGACAAUCACAAGUACUCAUACAACUACAUUAUGGGAAGAAGAUCUGGGCUAACUUCAGUAAUCACAAUAAAGCCUUUGUUGCCAUACUGCUCAAAAUUAUGCCAGUUUAAUCUUUAUAUACAAUGGUGGUGCAUUUUCGCAGAUGUGCUUUUUAAACAAAUAAUAUUGAUAGUCACAUCUAUAGCUAAAAUAUUUUCAGACCUGUUAUGGCAUCUCUGUCAGAUCAGGAUUUUGUGGAUUUUUCUGAGUUUUAUAAUUGAAAUGCUUGAUUUCUUUGAGGAAUCAAAGGUAUCCUGUGGUGUUUUCCUGUGCAUUUCCUUUUUGUUUGUAUUGUAAUUAAAUCUGCUUAUAGACAGUUGGCAUGCAACGAAACGUAGUAAUGCUCCAACAAAGGAAAGGAAGAGGAAGACUGUGAGCUAGCAAGUAAUGCACAUUUUAAAUUUUCAAAAAAAGCAGCUUUGCAAAUGUUUUAUGUGGCAGGAAAUGCAUUCAGCACAUUUGUUGGACUUUAAUGAUGCGCACAGUGCUCCUUUGGUGACAAAAACUGAAUGUAAGCUUGUUUGUUUAUAAGAAAACUCCACAGGACACCUUUAAUCAAAAACAGCAAUGCAGUUUGCAUUGUUUCCUGAGUUUAAGUGAGCACUUACAUAAGUUGACUUUUUUCUACAAAUUAAGUAAAUAUUUUGAUGAUAGGGUGAUAUAUCCAGAACAUUAAGCUUGCAAGUAAAGCAUUGCUUAAUCAUUGUGUUAAUAUGUUUAUAAAAACUGAACAGAAUGCAUAUCAGUGCUGGAGAGAUGUUAAUCUUGACAGUUUCCAGUUUCUCUCCGGCUCAUAAACAUUUGACUUAACACAGAGUUAGUGCUUGUAAAACAUGAAGGACAUAUUUUUAUGUUGCUUGUUCAGUGUACUCCUUCCCAUAGAUAUUAUUUAUUAGUGUUGAUAUGAGAAAGAGGUUAUAUAUAGAAAAUUAUUAUUAUGUAUAAGUGUUGAAAAAAAUGGAGACUGAAAGAUUUAAUUGUCUGAACAAAAUGGAUCUUUAAUCACCCUAAAUGUAAUCUCACUGAGGACUUGUGUUAGUUUUGGUAACAUGACAGAAAAGUCACACAUGUCCAGUGUGAUCUGUGACAGAGCAGGGAAACCUGAGCAGCAAAAACAAAAGAUAAAAUUCAAACUCAGUAUUAUCUAACAAGACUACUGAGACGAAGCAGUCAAAUGACAAGUGUAGCACAGUACAGGCUGAGGCAUUGACUAUCUCCGGAACAAAGGUAGAUGUGAGGCUACACAGUUGAACCUGACAAACAGACAUUUGUGUUUUUAUAGGUCAAAGUUGUUGGCGUGUGACAGGAGUUGAUUUCUUAAUGCCUCAGUGUUUUGCCGUGUAACACAAGCUGUGUAUCUAACUGUGCCCGACAUGUGCCAUAACUAACACAUGGACGUUUUACCUCAUCAAUCAUCUUCAUCAUGAACCACUCCUGUAGUUUGUUGUCGCGACUGUAUUGUAUGACGUCAUUGUCAUCGUCUAUACCUGGAUAUUUGUUGGCUCAGACAGACGCUGCUCCUGCCUGGUUUUUACCGUCAAUAAAUUUUCCUCUUUUAUUUUCCAAGUAA